GGGGACUCAUAACAGCGUAGAACGCUAUGUUGUCUCGUGUGUUACGACUUAGUAGAGGUAUGUUUAGUCCUAUAAAUGUAGGUCUCCUGGAAAUAUAGAAAAUGUGAAAUCAUAAGCGCCUUCGUCGACCACAUUUCGUCUGUUAAACUUAUCUAAGCGUUACUUUGUCGUGAAGCUCGCGUCUUUCCUGACCCCGGCACCCCUCUGAGCCCGCAGGUUCACACUGAAUAACUGCCUGUCAUGUGUGUACCACACUGUGUUUGUGCAAGUUAACCGAGAUUACCCACUGUAAUCACUAAUAAUUUCAAACGAAGAGCUCUCGUUUUGUUGCUGUUCGUCCUGCGGCAGCAGUGUGGAAUAACUGUAACCCGUUCAAAAGUUGCGGUUUGAUUUGACAUUUCUAAGUGAGCACAUUUUACUGAGCUGACUGCUAAAGGUCCUAAAAAGUAGUUCACGUAUUUGCAAAAGACUCUCGUUAUGAGGGUGAACGCAAUUGUCUGAUGUCAGCAUCGCACUUACGCAAGAAUGAACCAAACAAUAGAGAAGGACCUGUAUGCUGUCCUGGGAGCAAACCCCUCAGACUCGGUUCAGCAGCUCAGACACAGGUACCAGCAGCUGGCCUUACAGUACCACCCAGACCGUCUUGGAGGGGAUUGUUCUUCCGAAGCAGAGUCUGGUGUGAAGAAGUUUCUAGAAGUUGAUGCUGCAUGGAGGGUCCUUAGUGACCAAACCACUAGGACACAAUAUGACUUGCAAAGAAGAGCAUGGACACUGAAACAGGAUUGGCCAAUAGAUUCUACAGUCUAUGUGGAUGACAUGACCUGGGAUGAUGAUCAGGGUCUAUAUACACACUCCUGUCGCUGUGGAGGAGUAUUCAGUGUCACUGAGGAGGAACUGGAGGAGGAGCCACAGAGGAAACAGCAGGAUGAAGGUGAAAAGGAAACAGAGGAAGGACAGCACAAAGAAGCAAUUGUUUGCUGUGAUACCUGUUCUCUCAGUGUGUAUGUGACGUGGUCAACUGAUGAAAAAGCUCAAAAAUGUCAGUAAUAUUAAUACUUUUUUUUAUAAUUUCCAACUCUGACUCUGAGCAUUUCUUAUAAUCAUUAGUAUUGACAUUUUCCUUUUAAGUGUGCACCAGUCAAUUAUAUGAUCAAUACUGGCUUAAAGCUGAGACUCUCAGCUCUUAAUGUAUUGCAUUAUCCACAAACCUUUAUUUUGGAAUCCCCUGUUUUCAGUAUCUCAAAUGUAAUUGGAGAAAUCGACACUAAACAAUAUUAUAAAAUACUACAAUAUUAUAGCAAGGACCACAACAAUCCGAGCAGGCAGAUCUUGAAGAAAGAACUCCCUUUUAACAGGAAGAGACCUCUGACAAGAGCAGGUUCAGGGUGAGUGAUGGAAAGAGACGAGAUAAGAAAACUUAAUGGUUUUUACCUUGUGGAGAAAAUAUUUUCUCUUAAAGUUUUCUCUUCAGGGUAGACUUUGAUAAAGCUAUGCCUACCUCCAACAGCAGGGGUGUCAAACAUGCGGCCCGGGAUCCAGAAUCGACUCAGCAAAGACUCCAAUCUGGAGCACUGGAUAGCUUUGGAAAAUGUGAAAGGGGGUAUGGAUUUUGAAUUUUAACUGUAUUUCCAUACAGUUGAAAAUCUAUGGAAAAUGUAAUUCCACUGUGUUCUUGAUAGCCAGCUUUUCCUGCUUAUUAAGAGCUCUCUUACAUACAUUCAUGCUACAACAAAGUAGUUAUGAAACAGAUAAACAAUUAAAGAAAAAAACCCUGUUUUCUGUUUUGUUUUGUUUUUUUGUUGUUGUUUGUUGUGGUGAUGUAUAUAUGUAUCGCCUUAAACAGUAUUUGGAUUCCAAAAAUGCAAGAUGGAAAGAUCAUCUGAAAUAUUGUGCAGUAUACAGUUGUAUUUUAUUUAAUUGUGCCGUUUCACUGCAACGUUUUCACCCUUCAGCUGUAAAAACCUGAUGGGGCAUUGUCAUCCAUCCCUGGUGGCGAGGUGGGCGGUAUGGCCAACCAAGUUUCUGAAUGCAGUAACUCGAGAACAAGAUGAUGUAGGAUUUUUUUAAAAUUGGUACCAUUAGGUGCAUACUAAAAAUCUUGGAUGAGUUUGAAACUUGCGAACUCGAACUCAAGGACAGAGGUUUUCUAACGAUUGUGUGAAUGCUAUAACUCAAGAAGGAAAUCACCAUAGGUCACAGAUGUCAAGCUCCAGACCUCGAGGGCCGGUGUCCUGCAGGUUUUAGAUGUGUCUGUGAUCCAACACAGCUGAUUGAAAUGGCUAAAUUACCUCCUCAACAUGUCUUGAAGUUCUCCAGAGGCCUGGCAAUGAAUUAAUCAUUUGAUUCAGGUGUAUUGACCCGGGGUGAUAUCUAAAACCUGCAGGACACCGGCUCUUGCGGCCUGGAGUUCGACACCCCUGCCAUAGGUGCAUCUGCUGGGAGGCUGAGGGGGAGCACUUGUGGCUGCCUUUAUUUAAAAAAAGCAUAUCUUAAAGUAUUUGAUGGAUUAUUCCAAAAUUUCAUAGCAUCAUUAUAAAUUCUCAAAUUUUCUACAAUAAAAGUUUUUUAUACAAAUGUGCCAGACUUUCUUUGAGUUAUUGGGUUCAACAAAACCUAAAACCCUAGGCAGAGAUAAUUGGUGUGAUGGCAGUGAUUAAUAUUAUUGUUGUUUAUCCAGGCUUUCUUGGUCCUGCUUUGUCACGCUUCCACUAAAGGAGCCGUUUGAUCAUUUAAUUCAAACGGAAGCUAUUAAUUGCUCCCUACUUCAGUAAAGAAAAUGGGUGAUUCCUAAUUAUUAAAUUUGUAAGUGAAUAUAUAUAUCUCACCAGUCAGUGUUCAGUCUGCCUGCUCUUUGUUUCUGAAAUGAUAGCUUCUGUCAGCUGCUGACAUUAUUAAUGUACUGACCAACAGAUUGUCUUUAUAAAUCAUAUUCUUCCUCCUGUCAUUCUUAUAUGUGGUUUUAAAUCCAUGCCGUCAAAAGUCAUGUUCAACUCUGGUGGAUAAAAUGACGUGCUGGACAGCAGGGCUGCUCAGUUGCUGAAUCACAAAGGUGAUGCUGCUUUUACUGGUAUUGUAGAUUAAUGUUAUUUGGAAGCUCGGUAAUGGAAUCAUGGGAAUUGUUCCGAGGUAAUGUGACUCAAAAGAAGUAGAGGAUGAGGUCUCAUCCCCUCGGGAGUUUACCUGUGAGGUUUUACAUAGACACAAUGAACUGAGUCUGUAUACUUGCUGUGGCCCUUGCUACAUGUCUGAACGUGCCUAUUGGCUGGCAUGAUGGUGCUGAGCAUAACCAAUUCUUUUCAAGUGCAUCAGACAGCACAGAAACUAACAGACCUUUUUUGUGGUGCCAUCACAAGUUGCUAUGGUGCCACUGGAAAACAACAUCUGUAAUAGACUUUUUAAGCAGUAUAUUUUAGAUCAGAAGAAUUAUGUGCUGCACACAGUCAACAGCAACAUGCCUCCUGCUUGAAUUUCAGUUUAGAGCUCACCAUGUUUUUCAAAACUAUAUCUUUUGCCACAGUGUAACUUGGUUAAAGAUUUGACUGUAUUCACAAGACAGCAUACAGUUGAAAAACGCAGUGUAUGGCCAAUGAUCUUGUCCCAUGUUUGUUUACGUUUGGCUCCGCCCAUUAGUGUUAUAUUUCACUGAAUCCCUGCUGCUGUCACACCCAACCACUGCAUUAUGCAUGUGUCCAUUCUGCUGCUGUUAGUAAACUGUAUUUUUGAAUCCUAUACAAUAUGUAUAUAUACAUACAGACAUAUACUUACUUACACAUAUAUAAUAAUUUCCCACUCUCCCUGCAUAGUGGUCUUUAUCCUUUAAGCCUGGGUCCUCUACCAGCAGCCUGGGAGCUUGACAGUGCGCAGGACCGUCAAUCUUUGCUGUUCCUAGGAUUGUGGUCUUCUGUACAGUGAUUUUACAUGUUUUUCUUGAGAUCUGCUUGAGUCAUUCAGCGGCAUCUUUUCAUAGCCUGUACCUGGGAUUUUGCCUGGUGUUCUAGACCCCUGUCCCUAUGGAUCUUGUGCUUAAAACUUUUGCCUGUGCUGCCAUGAUUAGUCCGUCUGUGCUGUCUUUCAGUCCAGCCACUGGUAGGAUUUCUUGGUAUCCGCCACUUCUUUCUACCAGCGGGGCAUGCCAUGCACGAGCCUGUCCAUCCAUGAUGGUUCUUUUUCUUGCUCCUCUUCUUUCUGUGAUUUCUGCUGCCUGAGCUGUUCACUAUCAGUUGUGGCCAUUUUCCUGUUUCUUGAUGUACUUGGGGAUCUUUGUUGUUUCACCCUGGACAGUGGUUCUUACACUCACUAGUCCUCUGCCUCCUUCCUUCCUCUUAGCGUACAGUCUCAGGGUGUUGGAUUUCGGGUGAAACCCUCCAUGCAUGGUAAGGUAAGCUUCCUUGUCUAGAUGUCAGUGGUUUGUACCUUCUCCGUUGGGCAGUUGAUUAUCCCAGCAGGGUGUCUGACGACUGGCAGGGUGUAGGUGUUGAUUGCCUGGAUCUUGUUCUUCCCAUUCAACUGACUCCUCAGCACUUGCCUCACUCUCUGCAGCUAUUUGGUGGUAGCGUCUUUCCUAGCGGCCUCUUCAUGGUUCCCAUUUGGCUGUGGGAUUCCCAUGUAGCUGUCAGUUUCUGCAGUGUUGCCUUCCGGAGUACAAUCCUCUCAGUUCUGACUACCUUCGUCUCUUUGUUGCGAUCCAACUACACUUCUUCAGUCCAAAUGGCACUCUGAUGUCAUACAUAUACAUUUAUGAUUUAAUAUAUUAAAUUAAGUAAAUACGUACACACUCAAACAACCUUGAGUAUUGCCAAAACACUGAUAAUAUGGUUAUAAAAAACUAUAAAAGAAAACACAGACACAUGUGCACACACACACAAGCAUGCUGUGACUCAGAAAAAAAAAUUAUCCUGUGACUACAUAGAGGUCCUAACCCUCCAGUUGAACCCAGUACCCUAAAUGACAGAGCUAUUCUCCCCUCAGCAGGGCUGCGACAGACACACAAAGGGAUAACGACUGGUAAUGACUCUCAUAUCUUUGGUCACUCAGCCUGCAAAGGUCACAUCUAACAGGAGAUCUGAGUGAUGAUCAUCUUUCAUCCAUCCGUCCAUCUUUGCAUUUUUCAAAAAUAGGAGUUCAAAAUGAGGGGUGAGGGGCAAAUAGUUGAGAUUUGACAGAAAAGAAGAUGAGAAGGAGUGGCACAUAUUGUCUAAAUUUUUCACUAAUUAUUUUUCUCUCUAGCAGUAACAGUCAAGAGUGCAGGGGAGAUUAUGUGGGUGGGGGAAGUGGUGUGUAUAUGUCUGUGUGUGUUGAGGGAGUGGGCAGGAGGAGGAGUUGACAGCUGAUGUGUAAUUGAGGGUUGGUAGAAUAUUGAUGUGACAGACACAGAGACAUGCUGAGAUGUGCUGGGACACAAAAUCCAUUUCACCUGCUCACCACCUACAAUUAGGCCCCUUUAGAUCACUUUCUAACCAUUUUCUGGACAAAAACUCACUACACCCCACCCUGUUAGGACCCCCUUUUCUGAUCACACUGUAAAAUCUUAAAAUCCAUUUAAUUAAACCAAAUGUAAUUCAACUUAUCUUUUCUAACAUGUAUGGAAAAAAUAAAUAAGGUUAGAAUAAAGUUGGACUGUUUUUGGACUGUAGUUCAGUGUGAAAUUAUAUAGACUAGAUUUUGGAUCUGUUUCAUUAUUAAUUUUACUCCAAUCAUGUCAGUAAUAUUUUACAGAAAACUGACCUUAGAUCAGUUUAUCGAUUCAGUCACAACUUGGCCUGCAGCCUGGCAAGUCAGAUUUUCUUAUGUGCAAAGGAACAAUAGCAGCCUUUUCGAUAUAACUCAAAUAUGUUCUUUUACAGAAUAUUUUAGUGAACGUUUGCUCUGCAGUCACAACUGAUGCAGGGAAGCUAAAAACGUCAACAUGCCUCACUGAAAGUAAAAUUGCUGCUACAGUGAUAUGAGUCUUCUGGAUCAUGUAAACUGGAACACACACACAAGCCAAUCAACCUGUCAAGAGAGCAUGAUGAUUUCUAAUGAAAGACCUUUUUGAUGGAAGGAAUGAUUCACGAACUACGUGGAGCAUAAUUAGAAUAGAACCAAGCAAUAAUAUGAUAUUUAAAAAAAUGUAAUUUCGAUUGAGUAAUGUCUUUGUAAAUAAUUUCUGUCUUAAAAUUCAUUACAAUCUGAUUGAAAGGUUAAUACAUUUAAAUAUCAGAAUGAUUUAAAUACAAAUAUUAGCAAUGCUGUUCCUUUGAGAAUGUGCCAAUCCUUGAAUCCUUCUUUUGUUUAUUUAUUUAUUUGGGAAAAAAAUGGCUAAGCGGCACUGUAUAUGACCCUACUACUACCAAAGAAGACUAUGUAUACUGUAUCCAGUGUAUUUAAGUAUCUUAUUUUGGAAAGUUGAAGUCAUUCAUAUCCAUGAGUUUUGGAACCAUGACACGUCCAUCCUUUAAGGACCACAUUGUACCCAUCUUUUGAUGGAUGUUUUCAGCAGAAUAAUACAUGAUGAUGCAUGAUCAUUAGUUCACUGUACUGAAGUGGCAUCAGUCACCAGAUCUGGAUCCAGCUUUGGGCUGUGUUCGAACAGAAGAUUUACAUCAUGGAUGUGCAGCCAGUUAGUGAUGUUAAUAUGAACCAAAAUCUCUGGGUUAGGAAUGUUACCAGGACUUUGUUGAAUCUAUAGUAGGAAGAAUUAAGGCUGAAGAAAAGCAAACGAAGGUCCAAAUUGCUGCUUGUGCGACAUACCUAAUUAAUUGGCUGGUAUUGUAUUUUGCCUACUUUUUUUUUUUUUUUUUAAACAAAGGGCACUUACAACAAUAUGACUACAACCAUUUAGGAAGGGCUUGUGUGACAAAGCAAGUCACAAAUGGCACAAGCAUUAGCAAAACACAACCGACCCCUCUAUGUUUUGGCAUUUUUGGACUGGACAUAGAGGGAAGGCUGCCUACUGAGUAGAGGUCCACAGAAUAGAGGGCAGUGUUUCCUGGCUGAAGUUAAGCUGCUUCAUUCUUGGUUUAGCGUGAGUAAGCCCUGAUGGCUCACAAGGCCCCAAAAGGCCUCAGGCCACCACUCACUUCACUGUGCGCUUUGCUUAGUCUGCCCUCUCUGCCUGCCCCCUGCCCCCUGUGUCUCUACACUAACCCCCCAGAACGCUGCUGUCUUUUUAUUAUCAGUGAGAUCUGUUGAUAUGCAGUUAGAAUUUCAGCUCAUUAAAUGAAAAUGUAAU